AUGCGACAGAAAGACGAAACAGGCCAUCAGUUGAGCGCGGCCAAGAGGGCUUACAAGAGCGCGGCGGAGGUGGGGGAACCGACAGGAGAAGGCGCGGCGGGCCAACCCGAUUGGCGACAUACUGAAGAACCGCGGAAGAUACAAUUGCUAAUUGACAAACUAAAGCAGUCAGAAAAUAGAGAGCUGGAGGCUGAAGAUAUGGCAGUGGACUGCUGUUCUGAAACUGAAACGGAGGUGGAUGAUCUAUCCCUAGAUGACAGAAAUUUAGCAAAACUGAGAACUGCUGGUGUAGCUGUGCCUAAUGCUUGUACCAAGCACCCUGAAUCGUCAACCCAAAGCACUUCCAGAUCGUCUGGAAGCCUAACGAUUGGUCGUAAACGCAUUCGUGUUAUCCUCUCUGAUGAUGAAGGUGAAGGUUAUAAGGUUUACUGUUCCAGUAAAACAGCUCAUAAGUGCCCUGCAGAAAGUGUUGCCACUUCAGAUGAAUACAAAACCAGAAAGUGCUCAAGCAGUCGUUUUCAUGAAUUCCAGGAUGUUUCACCGGCUGGUGCAAGAUGUUCAGCCAGUGCCUGUACUCCUGUAAAUCUUGAAGUGAGCAAUUGUUCCUACAAAUCCAGGAAUUCUAGAUUUGGUGUAAUGGAUGGAAAAUAUUUUAGAUCUACAAAUACAGAUGCAGUUGUUGAUGAAUCCAGCUCUGGAACAAAUGAAGACAAUUGCACUGAUGGUUAUGGCAAUCUAUUUGAGAAUCGGAAUUAUGCUACCAAGUCACAUUCCUUUGGCGAUGAACCAUAUCAACAUAUUACAUGCAAAAUUGAUGAAGACUUGGUGCAUAUGAAACUAGAUUCAUGUAGAAAUAGUGGUAAACUCAACAUAGAAGAUAUGAAGGUUGAAGUGGCAUGCUUGUACUGUUUACAACUCUCCAAAGAGAAGAGAUCCAGAGGAUUGGUGCCAGUCAUUCAGCACAUGAAGUACGGCUGGAUUGACGUUUUUGUUGGUGUGAUGGUGCCAAAUAAUAUUAUGAAACUGUACAUUGACUGCUGCGAGGCUCUACCUGAGCCAGCCAAUUUGAAAGUUCUCAAAAAAUUGUACAACUUAAGAGGUAUCAGAGGAUGA